AUGCAAGGAGCAGGCAAGCAGGUGAGAUACAGCGCAACUCGGUCUGAGGAAUUCAUGUCUGCGUCGCGCGCUAACUCAGACAUGCCUUGCACCAACGAACAGAGGCUGACAGAUGUUCUUCGCCAAGCCCUUUUGGCUCCAGCAGCACGCACAGGAGGUCAAGACAUUCCCGUGUCAGAGUCUAAUCAGGCACCCGUUCCAGCCAGCACGGCCUUCGGAUCGAUGGCCGUAGCACAAGAGCGAGCUGCUGAAGGAGCGCCAGAUGCAGCUCUGGUCGAGGGCAGAAGACAAAGGGCAAGAGAAGUGCUGCGAGCUAUGGGAGAAGUUGUAUAG